UGCUCUCUCUGUCAGUGAACAAACAAAGUGCCGUCUGAGCCAUGAAGAAGGUUAUCAAAGAAAAAGAGGCCAAAGAACGCCCCCUUACGAGCUACUUCAAGACAGUUAAGGCGGCGCUCACGGACUGUGAAAAUAUAUCGAUUUAUCGGGCCAGUACGUCAUUGGGAAAGCGGAAACACAAUUCUAGCGUUUUGGCCGAGAUAUCUUCAACUAAAAGCCAUUCCCCGUCAGCUAAUGGUGGGGAAAACGAUACCUCUUCGGUCGACCACGAGGAAAAUGGGAUACAAGUAGAGGCUGAGAAAAAGCCAGUGCGCAUCUCUCACUGUGAAGAGGCAGGCACACAUGCGCUUCCAGAUUGCUUGAACGACGCCUGUCAAUCGUCUAUCGAAAACAAACCAACCACGGAGGAGAAACGAGAAAAUCUCACAGCGGACGCCAUUGCGCUUAAACAUCUGCCUUCGGCAAGAAUAGGAAAGAACCUGCGCUGUACCACUUCCAAAAACUUGGCCCAUCAUAUCCUGGAUAGGUCGGUGCACGGAAGACAGGUCAAAGUGUCGGCACGAAAUAUUUCCUGGAAGCCGAUUCCGUUUCUCAAUCUUCAGUUCGAUACAAUUCAACCCGGACGACUCAUUGCUGUCAAGCACGUUGCCUGGGACAGCAUGGGCGUGCUGUUGGCCGUAGCCUAUGCAGACGAUACAAUACGCAUUUAUGACUGGGAUUCAGUAAUGGCCGCCUGCAUGAAAGGCAACAACCAACGGCAGAGUAUGCCAGGAAAAAAAUGCCACGCAAAUCUGAUCGUAGAACCGUUUCUAACUAUACCUUUUCCGCUUCGUUUCGUGUCUCAUCUGGUAUGGAAUCCAUACAAGGCCGAUGAGCUAGCCUUUCUCUCGUGGGAAUCCGGUCGAAUCUACCUCUUCGACUUGGGAGAAGUCAAUAGUUGGCAAGACAUGACUCAUCGACGACAGCAACAAGGACAUCCUGGAAGAACACCUGUCCCACAUCGAAUGAUUGAAACAGGCUGUCAAGGAGACGCCGAUUCUUCAGUCAUUUUCGUUGACGACGGCGAUCAUGUCAUUGUGAGCUGCGGGGAUUUGUCUUGCUACAAUUUGGCAAAAACGAACUCUACGACGGAAUUUUGGCGCCUCCGCUGGAAAAGGAUUACAUCUAUGGUUACAAUUUCUGACGACACCAUCUUAUUAGGAUCUUCACAGGGUUACUUUUCUAUGCUCAACUGGAAGCAAGUGCAGCGAUCGUCGUUUUCAGUCAAGGGAAGCCCGACCAUUUUGAAUGAAUGGCUUUCAUUUCGUGGUCUUCAAACUCCAAUUGGAGCAGCCAUGGGAAUUCGACACAUACGUGUUGAGGGAAGGUCUAUCGAGGCAGCAAAAUAUGCAGUCUGGGGCCGAUACCAAAUAUCUUGGGUGACUACGGGUGGCUGGAUUCUUUCGUGUUUGCUUGAAGCAACAAGAGGCAAGCAAAGGAAAAGUGCAGUCAUGUACGGAACACCGAAAAUUCAGUUUUUGGACUCUAGUGGCAAACCAGUGGCAGUCUCUAAAGCGGAAUGGAGCCUUCCAAAGGACAGAAUUCUAAUGACUGGAUCCUCGAUGGGACUCUUUUGGGAGGAGAUUCCACAGGUGACACAAAGGUUGCCACACCAUGACAAAUUCGUUCUACUCCAGCAUGAAGAGUGUUCUGUAGCGACCAACAAGCCAGCUUUACUUCAUAUGACAAUGCGUGAAAGAUCCGUUACACGUAUUCCGCUUUCUAGAAGAAGAGGGAAACCAACAUCUUUUGCAGUACAUCCUACUAAUGAAUGGAUGGUUUUUGGAACAAAAUGUUGCGGUUUGUACAUCCUUCAGUCGAAAGAUUCCAAAUGAAUUUUAAACUCAUAUGUCUGAUUCCUGAACUAUAAAUUAUGUUGAUUGGCU